GAUAAACCGUUCAAGCUUGUCUGCACACUCACAAAGACACAUAUGUGGCAUUAACAGCUUUUAAGUCAGUAAUGCAUUAAGCUGGGGUGGGGGUGUAAAGUAAUGAUAUCUAUGGAUUGUUCCUUUUGAAAGAAAGGAUCUUCAGUAGAUUUUGGCGUUGGAGAAACGCAGAAACAAAAUGCUGAUGAGUUUUAAGUGAGAUAACUGAAGCUGUUUUUUAAAAUGGCAAAAUUUUUACUUAACUGGAUGUGAAACCUCCUAAAAGUAGGUUAGAAUAGUGACUUAUGGAAGUCUGAGAGAAUUGAUGGUUUGUCAGGUGUUUGAGCUUGGAGAGGAGUAAAAAGGCCAAAUUCCAGGAAGCUUCGCCCCUCCCCUGCUGCUCAGUCACUGUGUCAAUGGAGCACGUACAAGCAGGCUUUUAGACGGAGCAGGGCGCUCCACUAAGGAGCAUGCUGCAGUCUUAUCGCACCUCUUACUCAACUUGAUAAUGGUGGAUUUGAGGGGAUUCUACACUUUCCUGGAAACUAUGGAGAUUUUAAGGUGACAGGAGAGAUGCCUGUGUACACCUGGGUGUGACGGAAGGGAUCAAGACGGAUGGAAGGAACUCAGGACUGGGAUUUCUGAGGCUAAACAGGACCUCUUUGGGUAAACAGGAGUAAUUUACCUGCUGGACACACACGGCACGCCCCUGCCUCAGGUGCAACAAAUAGUGGAUCCUUUGGCCCCGUUGCCUCAUCCUCCAUCUGACUUUCUGCUCCUAUGUGCGCCGAGAAUUGCGGGCGGUCUCCGGUGUCAACUUUCAGAGUAAUGAGCAGGGACAAAGGCAUUGUGAUUCGGACAGUUGAAUGUGAGCUGUGAGAUCAGUGCUGGGAUUCCAACAUGGACACCAAGAAGGAUGGGGGAGGAGGAGGGUCCUGGUACUCUUCUCCCUCCAGCCCCAGCUGCUACAGAGGCGUCCUCAUCAUCUGCAUCCUCCUUUUCCUUCUUAUAGGCAUCUUUGUAGGCCUUGCUGUAGCAUACCUGGUGGAGGAGCCUCGUCCUUUCACGGAGACGGUGGAGCUGAAGGGUCUGAAGUAUGACUCUGCGCUGCAGAACGAGAACUCUGGUUUCUCCAUGGUGCUUUCCUCAGCUUUAAAGUCCAAAAUUAAAGAUAUUUUCAUGGCCUCGUCUGUAUCAGAUCACUUUGACGACUGCAGCAUUGUCGCUUAUGGUAACAUUCACGGUGAUGUGAUGGCGACGUUAAGACUGGACUUCAGGGUAUCUAAAAUUCAGCACUAUUCAGAAAACUUUGUCCAGGACGUACUGAGAGCAGGGCUCGGCUCGGUGAUGAAUGGGAAACCUCUAGAAGUGCCAGGGUUUGGAAAAAUCAGCGCUAUUGUCAUGAUAGGAGCCACUGGGAAGUCAUUUUAUGUCAUUGGAGAUGCAAUGACGGCCAGAUGUCCUGAAAGGGCGUUCACCUGUGACAACGGAGAAUGUAUCACUAAAGUAAACCCAGAAUGUGACCACAUCACCGACUGCGCUGAUGCCUCUGACGAGGCUCGCUGUGACUGCGGUGUGCGUCCAGCGUUAGAGAAUCGGGUGGUGGGGGGUGAGGAUGCUCGGCUUGGGGAGCUGCCAUGGCAGGUCAGUCUGAGGUACCACUCUCUGCACACCUGUGGAGCCUCCAUCGUCAACGAGCGCUGGCUUGUGACUGCAGCUCACUGCUUUGAAGGUACCGCUGAUCCCACUGAGUGGACAGCCCUGGUUGGGGCCAGGCUAGUUAACAGUGCAGCACCAGAGUCAAAAAUAGUCAAAAUUAAGUCGAUAUUUGUGAAUCCGGACUACAACCCCUCGACUACUGACUUUGAUGUGACGGUCCUAGAACUGGAGACCCCUCUCACCUUCAGCUCCUACAUCCAGCCUAUCUGUAUACCGGCCUCCUCUCAUGUUUUUGAGCCUGGCCAGACCUGCGUUGUGUCUGGAUGGGGUGCUCUUCAGGAGUUUAGUUUCCAGAUUCCCAAAGUACUGCAGAAAGCGUUGGUGAAAAUCAUUGACUCUAAGGUGUGCAAUCAGUCAUCUGUGUACAGAGGUGCUAUUACUCAAAACAUGAUGUGUGCUGGAUUUCUGCAGGGGAAGGUGGACUCGUGUCAGGGUGACUCCGGAGGGCCUUUAGUGUGUGAAGGAGCACCGGGGAGAUUCUUCCUGGCAGGAGUGGUGAGCUGGGGCGUGGGGUGUGCGCAGAUCAACAAGCCUGGAGUUUAUUCUCGUGUCACCCAGCUCAGAAACUUUGUUCUGAAGUACACAAAUCCCACCCUGGUCAUGGAUCAGACAAAGCUUGUCCCCACUGCACCAGCUCCAGUGACAGAAAGGCCAUCUGGUAACCAUUCAGCAGUGGCUAUGGAUGAGCCUUACAUACCACCUUUACCUGCCAUAAACUGCAGUGAAAACUUCCAGUGUAGCUCCAGUAUGUGCAUCGAUAAAGUCAACCCAGAGUGUGACAGCAUCCCAGACUGUCCCAAUUCAGCUGAUGAGACGAACUGUGACUGUGGUGCACGCCCUGCGGUGGGUUAUCAAAGGAUCAUAGGUGGAGUAACAGCUCGGAGGGGAGAGUGGCCUUGGAUUGGCAGUCUUCAGUACCAGAGACUUCACAUCUGUGGUGCCACACUCAUUCACAAUAAGUGGUUGCUGACUGCAGCACACUGCUUCAAUAGUGAUCGAAAUCCCUCUAAAUGGGUGGUCAGUCUUGGAUCUGUGCUGCGAUCUGGGGUGGGUGGACUGGUCAUCCCCAUUCAGAGAGUGAUCAUCCACCCGAACUUCAACGGUACUAACAUGAACCUAGAUGUGGCUCUGCUGGAGCUGUCAGUCCCAGCCCUGAUGUCCUACACCAUCCAGUCAGCGUGUCUUCCUUCUCCAGUGCACCGCUUCCUGAGGAACACAGAGUGCUACAUCGCAGGGUGGGGCUCCAUGAGGGAAGGAGGCUCUUUGAUGAACUUGCUGCAGAAGGCUGCAGUGAACAUUAUCGACCAGGCAGAUUGCCAGCAGUCAUACGGAAAUGUUCUGACUCCUAAUAUGAUGUGUGCUGGUUUAAUGGAGGGGGGGAAAGACACUUGUUUGGGUGAUUCUGGGGGACCGCUGACUUGCCGUCACCCCUCUGGCCAGUGGUUUAUUGCUGGCGUAACCAGCUGGGGACAUGGGUGUGGACGAACUGGUUUCCCAGGUGUUUACACUCGAGUGACAUCGGUCAGAAAAUGGAUAUCUACAUACCUACCUUUCUAAAAAGAGAAGAAAACGACUCUUCCCGUUGAGAAUUGGAUUUUAAAGCUGUAUCUUCUCCACGAAACUGUACUGUACAGGAAGAGCCUGAUUCACACAUACUCCGUAAACUCUGUGUUGACCUGUGUGGUCAUGGGUGCUGUUAAAACACUGUGCAAUUAUCUGAUCUGAGGCCAUUUUUCCUUUAACCUGAACUGAAGCUAUAAUCAUGAGCUGUGGAUUGUAGACAUUCUGCCAACAAAAUGCAUGGCUGGAAGUAUUUUUUAGUUAUUUAUUUUCCUGAUGGGUGAAAAUCCUGGUAAUGGUGCAUCUUAUAUUUUGAUACUGUGUGGGCUUCAAAAUAUACAUCAGUUAGUCACAACAUUAAAUUACUGAUAUGUGAUGCUUUUUUCUGUAUCAUUCUACCCUAACAAAAUAUCACUUCCACAAAUGUUGCCAUGAAACCAGGAGCGUCUUCCUGCAGGACCAUGUAACUCAUCAUGCCAUGAUAAUCUCUCAGGUAUGUCUUGAAGAAGGCAAUAAAAUAAAAAUAAAAGUGAACUCAUCCUAACAUCAACGAGUGCAAACCAAGAGGAUCCAAACACCUGAAACCAAGAUCCACCCCAUGGUCCGGUGGCCGUAACCAGAUGGGUCACAGCUUUCUGAUGGAACGCCGACAGGCUGUUAGUGUUGUGGAUGAUUGGCUUAAGCGGUUUGCAUCCGUUUCACUGAAAUAACGUGAUGUAAUUUCAACAUGAAAGGUGUUAUGUCUUUGGGAUAAAAUCUUGAUGAAAAUGACAUGAAUCUACUUCAAAUAAGUCGUUCCCUGAACUGAGGUUGAUCAAAUGAAAUUUGCUUUUGAUUUUUAAGUUUCAAUUUUAUUAUUGAUGAGAAGUAAAUAAGCAGUCUGACCAACAUUUUUUCGUUCAUUAAACCAUUUCUUUCAGGUACAAUCACAUUACAGGAAGACGUUAGCAGGCUUUUGCUCACUCAGUGAAUGGUAGCUGCGGCCAUACAUCGGACACCUGCACCAUUUCAGCUGAGGAAGGUGCUGCAGAGUGAGACAGACCUCUGCUGAAACAAGUCCACUUCUGUGGAUGGCAGCAGAUAGAGUGACACGGGAAACGUGUCAGACAAAACAGUUUUGUUCUCCAGCUGUACUUUGAUAUAGGCUGCUCAGAGGGUUGUAAAUGUCAGAAUCACAGCUGUGAAAACAAAAAAUGUGCUUCUCAAGUCCUCCUGAGUUUGGAAAAUCCCUUCCAAAGGAAAUAAAGUUUAACCCUACCAAUA